UUUCUACUCCGGCUCGCAGAAAAUUUGGUGAUUUCAAAAUUAAUAUUAUGUGUUCUCGGUUUCUAUUACAAUCCACUAUCAAUUGUUUCAUGAAACAAUUAUCCUCAUGAUUUAGUGUAAUUCAUCCCUAGUUAGCUCACGUGUCUGCCUCUCCUUACCUUUCACCUUUAGUUGUGCUUUUUCUAUCCCCUCACUCCCAAAGCCCGGUUUUAUCUCCUUUACCUUGUUUUUUAUCUCUUUCUUUUUCUGUGUUCUUUCUCUUUUUCUUCUCGUGACUACAUAUUCUUUUUUCUGUGUUUACCAUGUUUACCGAUAAAAAUUGGGAAACUUCGGGUAAAAAUGAUUUUAUCAAGGCGGUUAGAUCACAUACUGAUAAUCCAAAUGAGUUGAAGAAACUGCUUUAUAUAUGCUGUAACCAGGCGAUCAGUGGACAGUUGAGGCAUGAUUGGUUGAUCUCCAGUCUGUCCAAUAUUGUGGAGACCAAUCCAUCCAUUCCCAUUUUGUUAACCGAUGUGCUGUUAGUGUGUGAUAUUGAAACCCUUGCUGCGGACAACAAGGAUCAAAGGGAAAAUUAUCUUGCACUUUUAGCAGGCUGUUCGAAUAAAUUGAUAGCCGAUGUCUUACUUAAGGAAAGAUUGGAUUAUGACACCAUUGGCGAAGCGAAGAUUAUUGCCAAUAAAAAGGCCACCUCUACUAAGUUUAUUAAGCUGAAAACGCGGCUCUUCUAUAAGCAGCAAAAGUUCAACUUAUUCAGAGAAGAAAGUGAAGGGUACGCUAAACUAAUAACUGAAUUAAGUCAACCUGGAGGCUUUGACUGUAAUCAUAUGCUUCAAGUUUUACGAUCCUUGAUUGGUUGUUUUAAUCUAGAUCCAAAUCGCGUUUUAGAUGUUGUACUGGAGUGCUUCGAAUGUAGACCUUAUCUUGCUGAUUCAUAUAUCUCUUUAUUAUGUAAUUUUCUAAAUAAUUCAAGCACACUGGCCCAGAUAUUAGCGUUUAAAUUUAGUUUUUACCUUAAUGAUAACUCUAUGGUCACACCUGACUCCUUAUAUGAGGUCACAGCUUUACUUCUACAGCAGAAACUCCUGUCAUUACACCAAAUCUAUCCUUUUCUAAGUCCUAGUGAUAAAACCAUUUUCGAGUAUAAUCAAAAUGAGAUCAAAGAUGCACGAGCUUAUGCUCGAAAAACGUUUGUUUCUACCGAAGAAAAACCUAUGGAGGAAGAUCGUUUAUCUGACAUGGAAAAAUUCUCUUUACUUAUUAACAACCAAAAGCUCGGGCUUUGUCUAGCAUUAUUGAAAGUUGGAGAUUGGAAAACUGCUCAUGAGCUAAUCGAACGUUUACCAAGUUUUUACGCUGUUACCAAUCCAAUUAUAGCUAAACAACUAUGUUCAUUAAUUCAUUACGCUAUGGAUAUCAUCUAUCACUCACAUUCUGGACUACCUUCUAACAUUAUCAACAAAGUAAAAAUGUACAAAUGUGAUGGAAAACCAUCGAUUAAACAAGCCGAAACUGUAGAAGAAUUGAAGGAAAAUGUCUUUCCUAUGAUAUCAACCCUGGGACCUUUUCUUCAUAGUGACACUUUGUUGAUCUCCAAAAUUAUAAGAAUUGGUAAAUCUAUUAUGAGUACUACUCCUGUUGGUGAUGUCAAGUAUGAGCUUCUAAGCAUACUAGACGAAGCGAUUCUACCCUCACUUUCCCUAAUCGAAGGUAACUGUGGUCUUGCUGAUGAGCUUUGGCAGUUUCUUUGUCUUUUCCCUUACACUGCACGGUAUCGACUAUAUUUUAAUUGGAAAGCUGAGCCCUCAAUCCCUAUCAUGAUUCGAACACGUUCAGUUAAUAUGAGAAGGAUCAAGUACAUAAUGAAACGAUUAAGCAAAGAAAAUGUGAAAUAUUCUGGUCGCCAAAUCGGAAAACUAAGUCACUCAAAUCCAUCUUUUCUUUUUGAAUAUAUGUCCAUCCAGAUUCAAUCUUACGAUAAUCUAAUUGGUCCCGUUGUCGACUCUUUAAAAUAUUUGACUUCUCUUUCGUAUGAUGUUCUCAUUUACUGUAUCAUUGAAGCCCUCUCAAAUUCAAACAAGGACAGAACUCUUCACGAUGGAGCUACGAUAUCACCUUGGCUACUAAGCUUAGCUAAUUUCUGUGGAUCAGUUGUUAAGAAAUAUCCAGUAGAACUUCCUGGUCUACUUCAAUUUAUCGCUAAUCAAUUAAAAGCGGAAAAAAGUCUCGAUCUGUUAAUAUUGAAGGAAAUUAUUCAGAAAAUGGCUGGUAUCGAAGCAUCAGAAGAAAUGACCAAUGAACAGUUAGCUGCUAUGUCCGGAGGUGAGCUCUUGAGAGCUGAAGGGGGCUACUUUAAUCAAGUUCGUAAUACAAGGAAAUCAUCUGUUCGCUUGAAAGAUACUCUUUUAGAGUCAAACCUUGCCAUGCCUUUAUGUAUUCUGAUGGCGCAGCAGCGUAACUGUAUAUUAUACAGCAAGCAAGAGCAUUCACACAUUAAAUUGGUUGGGAAACUAUAUGAUCAGUGUCAAGAGACUUUGGUCCAGUACGGCUCUUUUCUUUCAUGCAAUUUAAGUAUUGAUGAUUACAUUGGAAGAUUACCUUCUUUGGGAGCUUUAAUAACCAAUUUUAAUUUAAGUGCUGAUGUCGCGUUUUUCUUGGUUCGCCCUAUGAUCGCGCAUAAUGUCAGGCAAAAGUUUGAGGAACUCAGGAAAAAUGAAAGGUCAUCAAAAGGAAUUCAUUUGUAUAUCGAGGCAUGGGAGACCGUUACGAAACCAUUUGUAGAUAUCAUUAUACCAGCUUUUCCAACAAAGUUCUGGGAAGAUUUGAGUCCUCGAUUUUUUGUAACUUUCUGGACUUUGUCUAUCUAUGAUCUUGAAGUACCUAAAAGUAGUUAUGAUCACGAAGUUGAAAAAUUGAAAAAACAAAUACAAUCGACAGAAGACAAUAAGGAUAUGAAUCCAGGAAAAAAGAAGAAAGAGAUUGAAAGAUGUAGACUUUUACAAGAAAAGCUUUUAGAAGAACAAUUGAGGCAAGAUGAGCAUGUCCGUCGUGUUCGUCAGAGGCUAGAAAAAGAACGAGAUCAGUGGUUUCAAUCAAAACUAGCUAAAAUGGAGAUGACAACUCAGUUCCUUCAACAUUGCCUUUUCCCUAGGUCAAUAUUUACUGCUACGGAUGCUCUUUAUUGCGCAAAAUUUGUGCAUCUUCUCCACACUAUUAAAACCCCCAAUUUUUCAACUUUAAUUUGUUAUGAUAGAAUAUUUGGUGACAUUUCUUACACCAUGUCUUCGUGUACUGAAAACGAAGCAAAUCAUUAUGGAAGAUUCCUUUGUGCUCUCCAGGAGACAGUUAUGAGAUGGCAUAAGGAUAAGCUAGUUUUUGAAAAGGAAUGCGCCAAAUAUCCAGGAUUUGUGACUAAAUUUUUCGAGAAAGAACCAGCACAUGUUGACUAUGAAAGCUACCGUCACGUUUGCCAUAAAUGGCAUUAUAGAUUGACAAAAUCUUUCAUUGUUUGUCUUGAUUCAGGCGAUUAUGUUCAAAUCAGGAAUGCUUUAAUUGUUUUGACUAAAUUAAUAACUCAUUUUCCAGCCAUAAAUAGUUUCGCUCAAGCCAUUGAGCGUAGGAUUGAUAAUAUUAGAAACACCGAACAAACUAAAAGACCUGAUCUUUAUGCCUUGGCCACAGGUUAUUCUGGGCAACUUAAAACUAAACGAGCAACUUGUGUACCGGAGCAUGAAUUCCACUUGAAACCUCAACAACCUGUUAAUAGUGCAAAAACACCAAACAAUGUUAAAAAGGAGUCUAAACAAGAAUCUAAUAACACGUCUGCUCCUGUGACAAAAUCGCCUCCACCCAAGGAGAAAAAAGAUAAUAUUCUUAAACCACGUCCACCGGCGGAAGCAAAUGAAAAUUCUAGUGAGAAGAAAAAAGAAUCUAAGAACGAAACUGUCAGAAGUGCUGAAAAGAAGGAAAAGGCAGUGAAAGCUGAUCGGAAUCACAUAUCGUCUGAAAAAUCUGUAAAAUCGGAUUCAAAAUCUAGUGUUCCUUCGUCUCCAAGGAAAGGAGAUCACAGAGGUCGAAGCGUUGAGCCACCGAUCGAGGGGCAAGAGAGGGAACAUAAACGUCGUAAAAUAGAAGCGAAGACUCAUGAAGAUGGCAAUGUGACCAGUGGCGGAGGAGCUGGACCAGGGACGGGAGUUAGCACAGGAGGAGGAAGUGGGACCAAUAGUGAAAGACGUAGUGAAAAAGAAAAGGAAAGAAAUGAAAACUAUGAAAGAAGACGAGGAGGGGAAGAUUCAACAUCCUCAUCACCUUCAACAAACAAUCGUAAUCACGAGAAGAAGACAGCAAAUUCAUCAUCUAGGAAAAGGGAUCUAGGCGAUGAAACUCCAAUCGACACUAAUUUAAAGAAAAAGAAAGACGAAGAAUCGAGUAAAUCGAAAAAAACCUCUAAUAGCGAUGAACGAGAUUCAAGUAGAAAGUCAUCCGAAACAAAAAGAAGCUCAUCUUCCCGUAAAAACAAAUCAGAAGAUAAAUAAUGCCUUUUCAUCCACAACCUCAAUUUCAUUGGAACCAUUCAUUGUCAAAAACAACUUCAUCAUUUCAGUAAAAAAAACUUUAAAGAAUAA